GCGCCCAUGGGGUCCCUUAAAGGCGCCGCCGCCGCCGCGCCCGCCGCCGGUCCCGGAGGGACGCGCCAAGCCGGGCUGGAAUGAGCAGGGGGACAGUGCCAUGGCUGAGAAGAUGUCACCGAGCCCCGGCGGGGGCAUCACGCCGCUGCAGCAGAUGUUGGCCUCGGGGACGGGUGCCAUCCUCACCUCCCUGUUUGUGACGCCGCUGGACGUGGUGAAGAUCCGGCUGCAGGCCCAGAGGACCCCCUUCUCCAAAGUGUUGGCAGCGCAGUCAGUGCCCUGGGGCGCUCAGCCGGCCACAUGGAAGUGUUUCCUGUACUGCAACGGGCUCAUGGACCACCUGUACGUCUGCCAGAACGGCAACGGCUGCUCUGCCUGGUACAAGGCCCCCGGCCACUUCACGGGCACGCUGGAUGCCUUUGUGAAGAUCACACGCAAUGAGGGGCUCAGAUCUCUGUGGAGCGGCUUGCCCCCCACCCUGGUGAUGGCUGUGCCAGCCACCGUCAUUUACUUCACGGCCUACGACCAGCUGCGGGACUACCUGCACGCUCGGAUGGGCAGCUGGAGCCACUCCAUCCCCCUGCUGGCUGGGGCCCUGGCCAGGCUGGGUGCUGUGACAGUCAUCAGCCCCCUGGAGCUGAUCCGCACCAAGCUGCAGUCCCAGCAGCUGAGCUACCGCGAGCUGCGCGCCUGCAUCCGGUCAGCGGUGGCGCAGGACGGCUGGCUGUCCCUCUGGAGGGGCUGGGGACCCACCGUGCUGCGGGACGUGCCCUUCUCGGCUCUGUACUGGUUUAACUACGAGCUGGUGAGGACGUGGCUCUGCGGGCAGCCCUGGCUGGACGGUGCCACGUUCACGGUCAGCUUCACCUCCGGGGCCAUCUCUGGCACGGUGGCCGCGGUGCUGACGCUGCCCUUCGACGUGGUCAAAACCCAGCGGCAGAUCGAGCUGGGAGACAGUGAGGUGCACCCAGUCAAAGCCUCCAAGCCUUCCUCCACCUGGCUGCUCAUGCAGCGGAUCCGCGCCGAGUCGGGCACCCGGGGGCUGUUUGCAGGGUUCCUGCCCCGCGUCAUCAAGGUGGCUCCUGCCUGCGCCAUCAUGAUCAGCACCUACGAGUUCGGCAAGAGCUUCUUCCAGAAGCUGAACCAGGAGCAGCAGCUGCGGGGAUUGUGAACAGGCCUGGGGCAGGGCUGGAUGUGCCAUGCCCAGGGGACAGUGCCA